AUGAAGUCAUCGCUUAGGUUCUUAUUGUCCGUUGGAAGGUCGCAAUUAAAUGUUCCACGUUAUUAUACGCAUACCACCGAAGAAAAGCUGAUAUAUGACAAAUUAUCAAAAGCUUUGUGCCCUAAAAACUUAAAUGUUGCAGAUAUAUCAGGAGGAUGUGGCUCAAUGUUUGCCAUUAAUGUCACAAGUGAUAGGUUCAAAGGUCUAACCAUGGUUAAACAGCAUAAGCUUGUCAACGAAAUUUUGAAAGACGAUAUUCAAAGGUGGCACGGACUGCAACUGAAAACCAAAAGUGUCUGA